ACACGACUCCUUAGUAGGUUUCAUGUGUGAAACAAGUUCUUGUUUAAACUUAAAUUUUCGGUUUGCUCUAAAAUACUUGAAUGUAGUAGGCAUUAUAUUAAGUCUGCCUAUAUUAUAGAUAGUAUGUCAAUUAAAUAAUUUGUGAAGAAUUUCGUCAAUGAAAUAUCUGUUCAACUGGCCUGGCUAGCUGGCCAGAUAGCUGCAGGGACUUAUCUAGCUGGCUAAGUUAGUUAGCUAGUUAGAAAUGGUCGCUGACUUAGAUCAUCUGCUAAAUGCCAUGUGGUAUCUCGUCUUUGGCUAUCCUACCUAACCUACCGAAGCUGUCAUAGAUGUCACUUGUCUCGUUAGUUUAACAGUGCUUGUAGUUAUAUCAGUAGCUACAAUCAUACUGUACAACUUGCUAGGUAGCUGCGAGUUUUAAGUAGACUACGUUUUAAAUAGUCGUGCUUGCUGGCCAGCAACAAUGCAUCCUAUUUUAUUCUGAACUUACCAAAAUUAAUCUUUGCCUUUUCUGAAGGUGUUGCUAGCUAAAUGUCCAAGAAGAAGAAGAAGAAGAAGCAAAAGGACAGGAGUCCUACUUCAUCCUCGUACGAGAGAAAUGACGAGUCAUUCAAAGAAAAGGAGUAUCGCAAGACCAAAGAAACCUCAAAGAGAGAGCACUACAGUGAUUUUCAUGUCAGGCCGAUGCAAGAUGAAGCAGGGAGGCCAAGGCAGGUGGACUCUCUCCCUUCACCUAAAAAAAACCUUGCUGAGAGUUCUCCAAGGAAAGAGAGACUGUACAAAAAGCCUGUCUACAGACUGGGAACUGUUUCACAUUCAGAGAAGGAGAAAGACCGUAAUAAAGAAGUGAAAGAAAAGCAAUCAACAACUAGCAGCACAUGCACUUUGGAGAAUGACAGUAAAAGACCUCACUGCACUAAAAAGAGCCCCCCGAACCCAACUGCAGCAGGAGAGUCUACUAGGAAGCGUGUCUCGGAGGAACUCAGGGAAGAGCGUAAGCAGCUUGUGAAGCGACGGUCCAAGGAGCCGUUGGAAUCUAAAGGUUUUGUCCAGUUCUCUCUGAGAAAGGAACACUCACAAGAGCCCAAAGGUAAACCUGCUGCCUUUAAAACUGUCAACGUAUCCACAACGGUCUCCAAAGAGCCGCACAGACACUCUGAAAGCUCAAAGCCUUCUGGGAGCACCCAGGAAGAAAAGCAAUGGUUGAAUCCUCAUAAGCGUCUUCAAUUUAAAAUUCCCAAAAAGACCAGUGCUGUAGUAAACAAAGAUAAAGUCUGGGAAAACUCUUUGUUAAGAGAUUAUAAAAGGAGUAUCACUGAGAAAGUCCCCAGGCGUUCUCCUCCCACUGCUAAUGUGUUUUCAGCAUGUACAUUUUCGAGCAGAAAAUCUAAAGAAAAAGCCAAGCCAAGCUGUGAAGUAAACCCGACAGCAUCCAUCUUUGUUGGGGCUUUCUCAUCACCCUCUGAGAGACACAAGGAAUCCCGAAGUACAGAUAACAAGAGAGCAACGGCCUUAAACUCUACAGCAUUGCCUGAAAAUGCACAGAAUUCAAGAGUUUCUUCUAAGGCCACAGAAACCUAUGACGGUGACCAAGAGGUUAUUACAGAGCUGCACAAGGCCCGCUCUCAGAAGUUACUGGAAGUCAAUGUGGUGGACAGCUAUGGAGAACUCACCCGCAUGGACAUCGACCCACCGGAGGAGAUCAAGGCUUUCUCCUUCAGUACAGAGCAGCUUCAUCAAGAUCUUCUCAUCAUCUUGGACACAAACAUCCUUCUCAGUCACCUGGACUUUGUCAAGAAGAUGAGAACACAUGGUCUGGGAGCUCUAGGCUUCCCCCACAUCCUGAUCCCAUGGGUGGUGAUGCAGGAGCUGGACUCGCUGAAGCAGGGAAAGCUGUCCUCCAGCGUGGAGCACAAAGCCAGGCCGGCGGUGCAUUACAUCUACACCACCCUGAAGAACCAGGAGCCCAGGCUCUGGGGCCAGUCCAUGCAGCAGGCCUCUCAGAGGAUCUGCGGGCUGGAUGCUGAGAGUAAUGAUGACCGUGUGCUGCACUGCUGCCUGCAGUACCAGGGACUGUACCCAGGGGCGGCACUCAUUCUCUGCACCAAUGAUAAGAACCUGUGCAGCAAGGCCCUGCUGAGUGGAGUGAAAGCCUUGAGUAAGACUGACCUGGAGUCUGAGGUGGAGCGGCUCCAUUCUGACCCACAGGCACACUGCCGCCAGCCUGUCCCCAACUGCUGGCCUGCACACACAGCUGAGGAUUGGAAACCGAGCCAAAUUCACGAGGGGGGUGAGAGUAACAGAAGCAAGGCGGUGGACGAAGAGCGGGAGGUCAGCACCUCCGUGUCCGUGCUUGAGGAAGCCCUGCGUGGGGCGCUGUCCCUCGUCCUGGAGUCCGAGAUGAAGGCUGCGUUCGACGACCUGUGGCUGGAGGUGGUGAUCCUGAAGCCGCCCUGGACCCUGCCUGACCUCUUUCACUGCUUUAAGAAGCACUGGAUUGCCGUCUUUGGGAACGUCAUCAAGAGGAACCUGCUCGGCUCAGUUGAAUGCCUCAAUGACAGCCUUUGCAAAGAUAAAAUGGUGGACAGGAUCUCCAUCAACCUGGCAGCACGGGAGGCUCACCGACUGCUGCAUGCCUUCAGCUGCAGGCCGGACUACGGCAAGAAUCUCACUGAGCCGCUGGCAGUGCUGGAACAGCUUCUGAAGGACACGUCUCAGUCCAGCAGAGGUGCAGAGCAGACCUCAGGGAGCCGCACACAGGCCAGCAGUGACGGCGAUGUGCUCAUGGCCGUGGAGGAGGAUGGAGUGGCUGAUGCCCAGCCCUCGUACCAUGAGGUGUGGGCUGUGUUUGAGAACAUCUGGAACAACGUGUGCCAGAUCAGCUCUGCAGUGUUUACAGCUCUCCAGUUCAUACCUGGCACCUUGGAGACCAGCAUGCCUAGCAACGGGCCUCCCCCUCCUGAGGAGGCCUUGUCCUGCCUGCACAAACUCAUUUUCACCGUCAGACAGCUACUUGAGUCUCUUCAGAGGGUGCUGUUGUCGAAGAGUAGCUUUGAGGACGUGCAGGGCCUGCUGGCAUUCAUCAGCAGCUGUGAGAUUGCGACCAUGAAGCCCUCCUUCACUGCUGAAGAUCUGUUCAAAUGCCUUUCUCAGCAGGAAUACAGGGAGAAGUUGCGUGUGGGCGGGAGCCAGCUGAUGGACCUGAGCUCCAGUCUGGACCGCUGUGCCUCGGCUGUGGGCCAGCGAGCAGGGAGCAGCUCCUGGUGCUGAGCAGCAGCUCAUGACAUAGUGCCAGAACACUGCAUCUCUUCACGUCGCCCUUGCCCUCACACUCUCACACAUACGAUACAAGUACACAUCCAUACCGUACAUUACAGUUAUUUAGCUGAUUACAUUACAGUAAUGUCACUUUUAUCCAAAGCGACUUACUGCUGAUUACGCUAAGUUGAUUAGACUGGAGCAGUGUGUGGUUAAGGGCCUUGCUCAUGGGCCCAGUAGCUGCACUGAUCUUAUUGUCUCUACAGAGGGGCUUGAAUCACCAACCAUUCGGGUACCAGUCAAGCACCUUAGCCACUAGGCUCUGGGCUGCCCCUAUACAGACUCAUGCUUGCACACACAGCAGACCUGGGUGAAAUAUGUAAUUGCUUUGGAUUCAAAUACUUUUCUAAGUUUUACUGAGCUUGUCUGGUGUAUUGGAACCUCUCAAAAAGUACAAGCCCCACCUUCUGGUCCGCUUGGUUGGCUCAAUUGCUCCAGGCAAGUCGAGCACAGAAAAGUUUCUGAAUGCAAAACAAUUAUGUAUUUGAUCCAGGUCACUAAACAGAAGCUCAUUCUCACACCUGGAGCUGAUACCUCACUUACCCAGUAGCACUGUUCAAAGCUCAGAAAAAUGUCUCCUAUAAGUUGGAGUGAAGCUAUGCAUACUGACAUGAAUGUUGUCUUUCUUGUGGAGGAGAUCUUGAAAUUAUCUCAGUUCUUUGGUAUUUUUGAUAGGAGUUUCUGGUAUCCUUCCAAAGACAUUAUAUAAAUAGUUAUGUGAGUCCAAUUGAAGAUAUGAUCUGACAGAACCGUAUAGCAAACUCUAAUGUGUCAUUUUUUUUAAUCUAUUUUUUGUUUUCUGUAAUUUUGUUUAUGUCGUUCGCAGGCACUUAAAAGAGUGUGAAAAGUGCUAUUGUGGAAGGAUGGAGGAUGGAGGAUGAGUGAAUGAAUCUGACUUCCCUUUAAUAAGUCCCAGUGCUGGGGUUUUUGCCAUCUUUGUUUUGAGACAUUCAUAAUUUAUGUGCCCAGAGCACAAGGGCCAAUAUGUAUCUGUAUUAAAAACAGAACUGGCAUUCAAUAUUUCUACACUUAAACAUUUAGCUCCACCUCCAAGCCCAGGAGAAUUUUGCUAAGUGCUGUAAGUGGAGUUACUGAUUUUUAUUAUUUUCUUUUUUUUUUCAGUUGCUUUUUUUCAUUUUGUUGCACACAACUAAUUCUGUCUUGGCAUGUUCAGUAUUGUCUGUGGCUACUUAAUAAUCUGGAAGCCUAUGUUCUACACUAUAGUACAUCACAUCAAAUCUACUCCUCUCAUCUCAGGCUUGUGUACUUUCAACAGAUUUUUUUUUACAGAAAUAACAGUUAUUACUGGACUGUGUAGUGUAAGGGGCAGUUUUCUGUACUCAGGAUGAUAAUUGUACCAAAGGGUUUUUGAAUAAUAUUUAAAGCAACAUGGCAAAUUGAUCAAACUUUUAAAGUUUAAAACCGUUUAUGAGCUGUCAUAAAAUUGUUAAUUUCAAAUGCUUAAGCAGUUCCUCUGUUAUACAUGUAAAUAUGUAACUUUUUUUAUUUUUCAUUAUGUUGUAUUUUAAUAUAUUUGGUGAACAAUUUGCUAAUAUAAAAAACACAAAUGGCACAAAA